UCCCACCCCCGCGCUACCCCCCGCUGAGAGGGGGAACCUGGUCUGUCUCUGUCCGAGAGGACCCAAGACCCAGAGUUCCACAGUUUGGGUCUCUCCCUCCUCUGUCUCUGUCUGAGGAGAACCGGGUCUGUCCCUCCCCUGCUUAGUAGGGGGAACAAGAGGAGGCACCAUGGGGUGUGGCGGCAGCAGGACCGAUGCUCUGGAGCCCAGGUACCUGGAUAGCUGGACCAAGGAGACAGAGUCUACCUGGCUGACCAGUACAGACAACGACAUCCCCCUCUCCUCAAUACAGAGUAUCGAUAUCCCUUCUGAGAACUCAUCUGAAAGCUUAGUCUCUGAGAAAAACAUCACCCCUGGUAAGAGAACCUACCUGGUUUGGCUUUAGGCUGCAUCUGAAAUGCCAUUCUAUUUGCUAUAUAGAUCUCUGGUCCAAAGCAGGGCACUGUGUAUGGCACACGUGUCAAACUCAUUCCACGGAGGGCCGAGUGUCUGCAGGUUUUCACUCCUCCCUUGUACUUGAUUGAUAAAUUAAGGUCACUGAUUAUUAAGGAACUCCCCUCACCUGGUUGUCUAGGUCACUAAUUAGCAAGGAACUCCCCUCACCUGGUUGUCUAGGUCACUGAUUAUUAAGGAACUCCCCUUACCUGGUUGUCUAGGUCACUGAUUAGUAAGGAACUCGCCUCACCUGGUUGUCUAGGUCACUGAUUAGCAAGGAACUCCCCUCACCUGGUUGUCUAGGUCACUGAUUAUUAAGGAACUCCCCUCACCUGGUUGUUUAGGUCACUGAUUAGUAAGGAACUCCCCUCACCUGGUUGUCGAGGUCACUGAUUAUUAAGGAACUCCCCUCACCUGCAUUGUCUAGGUCACUGAUUAGUAAGGAACUCCCCUCACCUGGUUGUCUAGGUCACUAAUUAUUAAGGACCUCCCCUCACCUGGUUGUCUAGGUCACUGAUUAGUAAGGAACUCCCCUCACCUGGUUGUUUAGGUCACUGAUUAGUAAGGAACUCCCCUCACCUGGUUGUCUAGGUCACUAAUUAUUAAGGACCUCCCCUCACCUGGUUGUCUAGGUCACUGAUUAGUAAGGAACUCCCCUCACCUGGUUGUUUAGGUCACUGAUUAGUAAGGAACUCCCCUCACCUGGUUGUCUAGGUCACUGAUUAGUUAGGAACUCCCCUCACCUGGUUGUUUAGGUCACUGAUUAUUAAAGAACUCCCCUCACCUGGUUGUCUAGGUCUUAAUUGAAAGGAAAAACCUAAAACCAGCAGACACUAGGCCAAAUUAAUUUGAAGCCAGCAAAGGUUGAAAACAUUGCCAAAGGGCCUCAAGUUGCCAUGGAAAUGGUAAGUCUUUUAGUGGCCGCUAUAAGGGAGAUCCAUUAUCAACCAUUAUCAUAUGUAACAAGAAAACAAUGUUUAGGCUGCAUGAAUGAUUCACUCAGUGCAGAUAUAACUAACCUAUGCAUCGAGCACUGGUAUUUCAACUAGCUCUCACAGUCUCACAUCAGAAUUAGACAUUCAUCCAUGUUUUCUCAAACGUUAAAUUUAGAAGUUAUUCUAAACGUCAAAUUUCAAAGUGUUUAAGGUUAAGUUUAGGCAUUAACUCAGAAAUCUUAAGUUUAGGCAUUAACUCAGAAAUCUUAAGUUUAGGCAUUAACUCAGAAAUCUUAAUUUUAGGCAUUAACUCUGAAUGGUUAAAGUAAGGGUUAAGGUUUGGGAUAGACUUAAAAAAAAAAAAAAAAAAAAAACUUUCUAUUGCUGGAGUUGAACCUGCAACCUUCAGCAACUGAGGCAGAUGCUUAUGCCCAUCUGCCAUGCCUGCCCACAAUACCCUGGCAAUACCGAAACCUACUUGAAGGUAACAGCGCUCACUGUUGCCUCUAGUGGCCGGUUUCCACAUCAUCUCCCGACAUCCUCAGACAUGGAUGGACGUUCGAAUACUGACUUGUAUCACAUGUGACCUCGCUGGGUAUUUAUUGAAAAUUACUUUUUCUCAGAAUAAAAUAAAUACAUGUAUGCUGCCCUUUGUAUCUCUUGUUUCAGUCAGUGGUAAAUCUGUUUGGUGAACCUGUUUGGUGAAUCUGUUUGGUGAAUCUGUUUGGUGAAUCUGUUUGGUGAACCUGUUUGGUGAACCUGUUUUGGUGAACCUGUUUUGGUGAACCUGUUUUGGUGAACCUGUUUGGUGAACCUGUUUGGUGAACCUGUUUUGGUGAACCUGUUUUGGUGAACCUGUUUGGUGAACCUGUUUUGGUGAACCUGUUUGCCAGUCUGCCAUAAGGAGAUACAACGCAGACAUGAGCGAUACAGUAGCCUACGCUUGUGAUGGGUUCCUGCUUACAAACACCAGAGAAAAACAUUGAAUCCACUGGAGCAAAAACGUGUUCUGUUGAUGCAUCACCCAUACCUCUGAGCCUUAAGCAAAUCUAGACCUCGGAGCUAGAUGUAUUCAUUUAUUCUAUUGUAUUAUUCCCCUCUAAUCAGGGACUGAUUUUAGACCUGGGACACCAGGUGGGUGCAAUUAAUUAUCAGGUAGAACAGAAAACCAGAAGGCUCCGGACCUGCUAGGGUAAGAUUUGAAUUCACCUGAGAUUCGAGUGUAAUCACUGCAUACAGAACCCAAUCAUCACCUCAUCACAAGACUACUAGAUAAAGGGGGACAUUAAAGUUGUUUUCUUCUAGAUGCAGAUUUCUUUGAAGACGGCCUGCCCGCCCCAGCCCAGGCCUAUCUGAAGGUGUGCUCUGACAUGUCUGAAGCUGACCUGAACAAUGUAAAGCCGAGUGCCCACCCUGCAAUACUUCCCGCCCACCACCAGGAGGCGGUGCAGCCCUCACCUGUCACCACAGUACAGAGAAGGAGCGUCCUACUCACUGAGGAAAUAGUAAGUCAAGCAACUCUAUCCACUGAGGGACUAGCAAGUAAACUCUAUCCACUCAGGGAAUAGUAAGUUCAUGGGUGAAUCUCCAAAGUAUUUUCCUCAAUUCUCUCUCAUCUCCUUCUCAAAAUGGGAAGCAGUAAGAGCGUUGGAGGAGAAGGUCCUUGAUCUGAUCCACUCCUCUCUUCCCUCUGAAGUUGAAGAGGCAAGGAUGAGAUUUACCCACUAUGUUCAAACACAAGGCAAUGUAAUAAAGCAUUCUCGUUUCGGUAACACUUGAAGUGUACCUACAUAGUCACUUCAUAACACAUUCAUAACCUGUACAUACCACAUUCAUAAGCAAUACAUUUCAUAACUUUUGUCAACAACCACAAAUUGAUAUUUUUUUCGUUAUGGCUUGCUUAUAUAAAGUGUUUUUUUCCUAUAAUGGUGACUAACCAUUCUUUCUUCGGUAACAAUUGAAGAGUACCUACAUAACACAACACAUUCAUACCACAUAUAUACCACAUUCAUACCACAUUCAUACCACAUAUUUACCACAUAUAUACCACAUUCCUACCACAUUCAUACCACAAAUAUACCACAUUCAUACCACAUAUAUACCACAUUCAUACACAUAUAUACCACAUAUACCACAUAUAUACCACAUAUAUACCACAUUCAUACCACAUAUAUACCACAUUCAUACCACAAAUAUACCACAUAUAUACCACAUUCAUACCACAAAUAUACCACAUUCAUACCACAAAUAUACCACAUAUAUACCACAUUCAUACCACAAAUAUACCACAUUCAUACCAUAUAUAUACCACAUUCAUACCACAUAUAUACCACAUACAGUGGGGAGAACAAGUAUUUGAUACACUGCCAAUUUUGCAGGUUUUCCUACUUACAAAGCAUGUAGAGGUCUGUAAUUUUUAUCAUAGGUACACUUCAACUGUGAGAGACGGAAUCUAAAACAAAAAUCCAGAAAAUCACAUUGUAUGAUUUUUAAGUAAUUAAUUUGCAUUUUAUUGCAUGACAUAAGUAUUUGAUACAUCACAAAAGCAGAACUUAAUAUUUGGUACAAAAACCUUUGUUUGCAAUUACAGAGAUCAUACGUUUCCUGUAGGUCUUGACCAGGUUUGCACACACUGCAGCAGGGAUUUUGGCCCACUCCUCCAUACAGACCUUCUCCAGAUCCUUCAGGUUUCGUGGCUGUCACUGGGCAAUACGGACUUUCAGCUCCCUCCAAAGAUUUUCUAUUGGGUUCAGGUCUGGAGACUGGCUAGGCCACUCCAGGACCUUGAGAUGCUUCUUACGGAGCCACUCCUUAGUUGCCCUGGCUGUGUGUUUCGGGUCGUUGUCAUGCUGGAAGACCCAGCCACGACCCAUCUUCAAUGCUCUUACUGAGGGAAGGAGGUUGUUGGCCAAGAUCUCGCGAUACAUGGCCCCAUCCAUCCUCCCCUCAAUACGGUGCAGUUGUCCUGUCCCCUUUGCAGAAAAGCAUCCCCAAAGAAUGAUGUUUCCACCUCCAUGCUUCACGGUUGGGAUGGGGUUCUUGGGGUUGUACUCAUCCUUCUUCUUCCUCCAAACACGGCGAGUGGAGUUCAGACCAAAAAGCUAUAUUUUUGUCUCAUCAGACCACAUGACCUUCUCCCAUUCCUCCUCUGGAUCAUCCAGAUGGUCAUUGGCAAACUUCAGACGGGCCUGGACAUGCACUGGCUUGAGCAGGGGGACCUUGCGUGCGCUGCAGGAUUUUAAUCAAUGAUGGCGUAGUGUGUUACUAAUGGUUUUCUUUGAGACUGUGGUCCCAGCUCUCUUCAGGUCAUUAACCAGGUCCUGCCUUGUAGUUCUGGGCUGAUCCCUCACCUUCCUCAUGAUCAUUGAUGCCCCACGAGGUGAGAUCUUGCAUGGAGCCCCAGACCGAGGGUGAUUGACCGUCAUCUUGAACUUCUUCCAUUUUCUAAUAAUUGCACCAACAGUUGUUGCCUUCUCACCAAGCUGCUUGCCUAUUGUCCUGUAGCCCAUCCCAGCCUUGUGCAGGUCUACAAUUUUAUCCCUGAUGUCCUUACACAGCUCUCUGGUCUUGGCCAUUGUGGAGAGGUUGGAGUCUGUUUGAUUGAGUGUGUGGACAGGUGUAUUUUAUACAGGUAACAAGUUCAAACAGGUGCAGUUAAUACAGGGAAUGAGUGGAGAACAGGAGGGCUUCUUAAAGAAAAACUAACAGGUCUGUGAGAGCCGGAUUUCUUACUGGUUGGUAGGUGAUCAAAUACUUAUGUCAUGCAAUAAAAUGCAAAUUAAUUACUUAAAAAUCAUACAAUGUGAUUUUCUGGAUUUUUGUUUUAGAUUCCGUCUCUCACAGUUGAAGUGUACCUAUGAUAAAAAUUACAGACCUCUACAUGCUUUGUAAGUAGGAAAACCUGCAAAAUCAGCAGUGUAUCAAAUACUUGUUCUCCCCACUGUAUAUACCACAUAUAUACCACAUUCAUACCACAUAUAUUCCACAUAUAUACCACAUUCAUAAAGAGUUACCCUUGUUCCCCUCACAGACUAAAUGGCAAGACAACAGGAUGUCCACUAAGCAGGUAACCAUCACAGUGACACAGAGCAUCAGACACGUGGACAAGAGUGGGAAGAUCAAGGAGAAGUCCCUCACCACCUUCGAGGUCAUGAAGCCAGUGGAGGGCCUGCAGGAUGUGACUGGAGGACGUUGUAGGAACAUUAGGGAAUGACGCUGAGGUCUGAGGGGUACAGGACCAAGACGAUGACGCAAUGUGG